AAGGACAGAGUGGAGCAGGAGCCGACUGGUUUCCCACGGAGCAAGGCGGAACUAGAGGAGGAUCCCGGCUCCCUCCCUGACCUGCUCCAGGGGCAGCACAGCUACGUGCCUCUGGCUCCGUUUAAAGACCGCCUAAGCCCCCAAGGAGCAAAUGACAGAUGACACAGCAGAUCUCGAGAGAACUCCCAAAGACCACAGACUUCGAUAAGAAAGAUUAGUGCCAAUGCAUCACUCUUUGUAUGAGAAUUCUUCAGCCCUCGUGGGAGUCCAGGACAUGCUAGGAAGUAAUCAUAUUUGAAAGGGAGCUUUCAGGAUGGCAGCAGAAGUGGAACUCAACCACUUCCAGUCAGCAUCUGAAAUGGCAGAGGGAGAGGAUGACGAACACGUUUUUCAACCCAUGAUGUUCCUGGAGCCUCAAGAGAUGAGCAUUGAUAUGAAGGCACUUCUGGUCAAGAAAGUGAAGAAAACUUGCAGCUGCACCCCAACCAAAGUUAAAGACCUGAUUUUCAGUUUUCUUCCUGUCUUGCAGUGGCUCCCCAAAUAUAAACUGAGGGAGUACGUCCUGGGAGAUAUAAUGUCUGGGGUGAUAGUGGGCAUCCUGCUGGUCCCCCAGUCCAUUGCCUAUUCCCUGUUGGCUGGCCAGGAACCUAUAUAUGGUCUUUACACAUCCUUUUUUGCCAGCAUUAUUUAUUUCCUAUUUGGUACCUCUCGUCAUAUAUCAGUUGGUAUUUUUGGUGUGCUUUGCCUGAUGGUGGGACAGGUGGUGGAUCGUGAGGUACAGAGAGCUGGGUAUGACAUAGAGCCCAGUGUUCAUAGUGGCCUUCAGAGAGAGAUGGUCAUUUAUGUAAAUACCACCACUCUGGCUGUGAACCAGACAUCACAAUUGCUGUUAUGUGAUAGAAGUUGCUAUGCAAUUACUGUGGGAGCCACGGUGACCUUCAUAGCUGGAGUUUAUCAGGUUGCUAUGGGCUUCUUUCAGGUGGGCUUUGUCUCAGUGUACCUCUCUGAUUCCUUACUCGGCGGAUUUGUCACAGGUGCCUCCUUUACUAUCCUAACUUCCCAAGUGAAGUAUCUCCUGGGCCUGGACAUUCCACGCAGCAAUGGCAUUGGCUCCCUCAUAACCACUUGGAUAAACAUCUUCAAAAACAUCCACAAGACCAACAUCUGUGACCUCAUCACUAGCUUCUUGUGUCUCCUUGUCCUCAUCCCAACCAAAGAGCUGAAUGAGCAUUUUAAAUCCAGGCUCAAGGCCCCCAUACCUAUUGAACUGGUCGUGGUUGUGGCAGCUACGCUGGCAUCUCACUUUGGGAAGCUGAAGGAGAAUUAUGGCUCCAGUGUUGCUGGACACAUUCCAACUGGGUUCCUGCCACCCCAGCCACCCAAAUGGGAUCUGAUUCCUAGUGUGGCGAUGGAUGCUGUUGCCAUAGCCAUUAUUGGCUUCGCUAUUACUGUGUCCCUCUCAGAGAUGUUCGCCAAGAAGCAUGGUUACACAGUGAAGGCCAAUCAGGAAAUGUAUGCCAUUGGCUUUUGCAACAUUAUUCCCUCUUUCUUCCACUGCUUCACAACUAGUGCAGCUCUUGCCAAGACUCUUGUCAAAGAGUCAACGGGCUGCAGAACUCAGAUCUCUGGGGUGGUGACCGCGUUGGUCAUCCUAUUAGUUCUGCUUUUGAUUGCACCUCUCUUCUACUCCCUUCAGAAAUGUGUCCUGGGGGUCAUAACCAUUGUGAACCUCAGAGGAGCCCUGCGGAAGUUCAGGGAUCUGCCCAAAAUGUGGCAUCUGAGCAAAGUGGACACAGUGAUCUGGUUAGUUACAAUGGCCGCUUCGGCACUGCUCAGUACUGAAAUUGGUCUGCUGAUUGGUGUCUGUUUCUCAAUGCUGUGCGUCAUUGUGAGGACUCAGAGACCAGAGGCACCAUUGCUCGGCUGGGUGGUAGAGACUGAAAUAUAUGAAUCCCUGUCUGCCUACAAAAACCUGAAGACUAAGCCAGGUAUCGUGGUUUUCCGUUUCGAAGCGCCUCUCUACUAUAUCAACAAAGAAUGCUUUAAAUCCACUCUGUAUAAGCGGACUGGAGUCAACCCAGCCUGGGUGAAGGCAGCCAAGAAAAAGGCAUCAAAGCGAAUGCUUAAAGAAAAAAUGGUGAAUUCUGGUGGCAACCAGGCGGACGUCACAGUGCAGCUUGUCACAGAGCCACUGGUGUUUCACACUCUAGUGAUUGACUGCUGCGCAAUACAGUUCUUGGACACAGCUGGGAUCCACACGCUUAAAGAGAUCUGCAAAGAUUAUGGAGAGAUAGGCAUCCAGGUGCUGCUGGCCCAGUGCAAUACCUCUGUGAGGAGUUCCCUGCACCGGGGAGAGUACUUUAAAAAAGAGGAACAGAACCUCCUCUUCCACAGUGUGCACCAGGCCGUGGACUUUGCAUUGGGUGCACAUACACAAAGUGGGUGCCGGGAAGGCAACAAUUGUGUGUAGGAUCAGGGGAAAAAAUUGUGGAUGUGUACAUAAUGUGCGUGCACUCACACAGGUAAAAUGCACCAAAGUACAGGGUAUUGUUAAAAACCUGGUGUAGAGCAUACAGUGUGCUUUAAUGCUUUAAUCUUGCCCUAUUGGAUAGGGUGAUUAGGUAAGGAGUGCUGAAUAUAGGCAUCCUCAAUGUGAUCGUGAUUAACAUGUUAAACCAAUGUUUUUCAUGAUCCUUCUAUGUUGAGUUCUCCAUAUCCCAGUAUUUACCCCACGUUUAGAUCUGCAUCCCUGAGAACCUUAUUACAGCCAUCAUCUUUCUGGGUUGGACUUCCUUUGACAGCUGUCAGUGUUCCCCCUUAGUGAAUAGUUUGAGGCAACUACACUUUUCCUCCUCAGUUCCAGGACUGGGCAUGCUGCCUCCAUAUCACUCAGCUGGCCAAGGAAUGAGUGAGCGGGAACAGAUACCCAGCUCUGUUGGGUUGUUCUCUGACAUGACAAUGGAGAGUGUUUUCUGCUGGAUGAGGACCUGGGCCUGACUUUCGCAAAGAGUUACAAUCACUCUGAGAAAAAGGAAGUGACAAGUAGAUUCCUUGAGGUGUGUGACCUGUGCGUGUUACAUAUGCAGCAAGUCAGGCAGUGAAAGAACUUCAGGACUCGGAAUGAUUUGAAAUCAAGUCAGCAAGUCUCAGAGCCCGGGUCUGCAGAUUUGGGCUCACACUGCGAUGCUAAAACCAGCAGUACAGAUGUUCGAGUUUGGGCCAGAGCUCAGGCUCUGAAUCCCCCUUGCCUCGGGUUUCAGAGCCCAUCCUCCAGCCUGAGCUGGAAUGUCUGCACGGCUAUUUUUAGUUUUUUAGCACAAGCCCAAGUCUGUAGACUCAGACUCUGAGACUUGCUGCUUUGAUUUGUUCGAGUUCAGGCUGAGUGCAUGACUCUGAGGGUGUGUUUUCAUCCCUAAUGGGAAAGCAUUACAGUUAUCUCACUGUCGCAUUCUAUUGCUGUUAUCAGAGGGAUCUGCAGAGCAUGUACUCUGUAUGUUCGUAGGCCUUUGAUUACACCUCUGAUUGCACAGAGUUUAAGCAUCUUUUCAGAAAUACAACUUGAUGCCUUUCUAGCUUGCAUGAGUUGGGUAUAUAUUAUACAGGCAGAUCAGAAUGAAAUGCUUUAAUAAGUAACUCCUCAUGGCCACUUCUAACCAAAGAUGUCAUGCCACCUACUCUCUGACCUUGUCAUCUAUUAUUCUUAUCUAGUAGAUAAGGAUUGGAGCAAUGGUUUUCUUAUUCACACACAUGGCUGUAUAUUUGUCGGGAAAGUUUGUCUUUUUAUGUUGAGUUCCUUUGGACAGUCUUGAUAGAUUUUUAUUUAAUGAUUUUUAGAGCACAGUACCAGGAAUGGAUUAUAGAUGGGAUGGGAAGCUGUAAGACAGGCUCAGUGUAGCCUGACUCAUGCUUGACAGUUUUCAGAGUGGUUGCCGUGUUAGUCUGUAUCAGCAAAAACAAUGAGGAGUCCUUGUGGCACCGUAGAGACUAAUACAUUUAUUUGGGCAUAAGCUUUUGUAGGCUAAAACCCACUUCAUCUGAUGAAGUAGGUUUUAGCCCAUGAAAGCUUAUGCCUGAAUAAAUGUGUUAGUCUCUAAGGUGCUACAGGGACUCCUUGUUGUUUUGACGCAUGCUUGUAUUUAAUUAUUUGUUUGUAUUCAGUUAUUUGGCUCGCGCUUAAGAGCAAUGGCAUGCUAUAGACAGAACCCUACAGAAUCAUAGGAAUUAGAUCUAAUGUAUUAUUUUCAGUAAAGGGUUGUCCCCUGCAGUCAAUAUUGUGUGUCAUGCAGAUUGAGUCAUAUACAUUAGAAACUGAAAAGGUGGGUGAGGUAAUAUAUUGACCCAACUUCCGUUGGUGAGAGACAAGCCACCCCAGCUCUUCUUUACCUUGUCUCUGUAAUAGCUUGGGACCAACAUAGCUACCACAAUAUUGCAAGCAGAAAUGAAGAAGGCCUUUUAGAUUAUCCGUUCCAUCCCUAAUUUGCAACUUUAAUACAAACUUCAUGUGCUGUUCAGUAGAAACUAGUCACUUGUCCUUCACACAUGGAAAGUAACUGUCUUUAUAUAACAGGGAAGAGUUAAUACAAAAGAAAUGGAAACCAGUAACAGAUCUUCAGCUAAUUCUAUUUAUACUCAGGAUCGCCAACUUCAGACAUUCAAAAAUCAAGAGUCACUCCUAAAAAAAAUCAUGACAUUGGCUUAAAAAUUAGGAGGUUAAAUAAAAAUUCAUUUUGUCUUCUGGUUUCUGAGCCUCUAGGGUAUAUACUUGGACCAUAUUUUCAAACUUUUCUCUGCAACCGUGAGGGGUUGAAACUUUUUUUUUUAAACAUGAAAGUGAGAUGAUUGCGUAAUCACUUGACUCUAAGAGCAGGAGCUUUAAGAAAACACCAAAUAUCGCAAGACUUGUGAUAGUAUCACAAGACUUGGCAACACUGGAACUCAGAAUCCUCAAAUCUUCUGCAGUAGCAUACAGGCAUUUAGACAAGGUGUGAUCGGAUGAGGAUUUUUCAGGUUCCUGAGUUAAGAGCUUUAGAAUUGUUUUAAAGUUUUUUUUAAAAAAAAUAUUUUUUCAGAGAAAUGUACUUGAUUGACCAGACCAUAAAACACUAUAGGUAAGUUCAGGAAUACAUGAUACAUAGAUUAGAAUUAUUUUAUUAUGCAAAGAGUACAAAAAUGUAUUCCAAAAUAAACUACACUAAAAAAGUUUCUUUUUUUCGGAGUAUUUAAGAAUACAAUUUAUGAUCUUCCCACAAAGUUUGCAAUCCUGCACAGUUUUGAGAGAGGGAAAUACAACCAAAAUUCAUCUGUUCUAAAGGCUUGAGCUUGGGCUGUUUAGAUAAGAAAUUGCAGUUGACCAGAUCUUGCUGUCCUGCAGUAGUUUCCAUGGCCAUUCUCUCCUCAAGUCCGGUUUUCAUGAAGCUCCAAGAAAAACUUCCUUGGCAGCGUAAAGCUUCAGUUUUGCAACAAGAAACAGUAGCUCUUGUCUGGACAUCAGUAGGAAAAUGUUAAGUCUCCAGAGAGCUUAGAAACCUAAGCAUACUUCUAUAGCUCACAACAUUUAGGCUAAUGUCAAGAGACAAUAAUUUUAUUGUAUGCACAAUGACACUUUCUUGGAGACUUGAGACUUACAGGACUAUGUUAGUGUAAAACCCUGUAUAUUCCAGCAGGGGGCUCUGCAUGUUCACGUAUUGUAGGAAGAAUAAACCAGUAUAUAUUGAGAAAUGCAGAGGUUAAGCACUAGAGGAAGAACGAAGUAUGAGAGUAAAUUAAAUGAAUGAGCCCAAUAUCAGCCAACUCGGAGGCUUGACUGAAUUGCUUUCAAUAUGAUUGUUCACAGGACCAUAAAGUGUGACUGGAACAUUGAUUUUAUCCCAACCCCCCUGUUAAACAUUAAACUGUUUAGUUUUAAAUACUGAUUAGAACAAGCAACAUAUUUCAGGAGAACAGACCAAUGUUGGAGAAACAUUGUCCUGUGGUAUGCUUUCACUUUCCAGUAAGUGUGAGCGUCCCACAAAAUUGCAGAACACUUGUUCAAAACUGUUGCAUAUUAGCUUUCGUAAGAGAAUCAUAAAAACCUCAGGCAAUACAGUUUAAAGCUGUUAAUGCAGCGUGAUUAAGACACAUCUAGAACUAAUUUAUGUUCUGCUAAAAUGCAUGUUAUUUGGACACAAUAAAUGCUAUUCUUCUACAUGGACAACAAAGUUUUUUUUUCCUUUUAUACCCAAAUACCAUUAUAGACAAAAAAAAAAAAAAAAAAAAAAAAACAGCUAAGCAGAAAUACACCCUUCUGAACAAUUUUGUGUAAUACAAAAGUGUCCUGAGUGCCAUAGCUUAUAUGCAGGUUGUAUAUUAAUACACACACCCCCACUCAGAAGUGUUCAUAGAUAAAUGUCAACAAAGGUAGAGAACUGGAAAACUUCAAAUAAUACAUUUAAGUGUACUUGAGCACUAAAUUAAGAUUAGACUUUACCAUUGUGCUUGUUAUGUGAAACACAAUUACCAAGGUAUUUACUGUACUUGUUGCACUACUGAUGAGGAAGAAGGUCUAAUGCACUAAAGCCCAAUUAUGUGUGUGUAUGUUGGACUUUCAGUAUUUUAGUGAUACAUAAAAGAAAAGAGGAAAUCAUUUGUGUCAGCAUGUGGGAAUGCAUUCUCCACUCCAGAUUCUAGCAAUAAUUCUAGAUAAUACCUCGAAAACUUUGGGUCAGAUCCUCGUUUGGUGUGAAUCGGCCUAGAUUCAUUUGAACAGAGCAAGGCUGAGCUACACCAGCUGAGAAUUUAGUACCGUGAUACCAGAAAUUCUCAAUACAGCAAUCACCAAUCUGAAUGAUGGAUUAUGAAAUCAUUAGCACAUUAAUUCAUUUUAAUGACAUGGCACUAUGGAAAUUAAAAUUCACAGUCUCAGUUAUAUACCUUCCAAGAGACUUAAUCUCUGCUUUUACUUAGAGCUGCUAUUUAUAGCAAUUUCAGUUGCUCCUAAUGUAAGUAUUGCACUAAUAAAUGCUUUAGUUGUUUAAAUGUUUUGAAACCCAAAGUUUUCAAUCUACUUAUUAAUAAAAAAAAUGACAAAUGUACUUCAGUAAGUUACAUGGCACUAAUUUUAAUCCUGGAUUUAUGACCACAUCGUUAUCCCUGGUCUUGUGCUUUGUAAUGAGCCUCGGUGGAAUAAUUUCCUUGUAAAUCACUGCAGCCUCAUCCAUUUUUUUUUCUAAUUCAUUGCAAGAUGUGGGCCGUAUGCCAUUGUGGCAUUUGUUUCCCAUGUUUUAUUGUAAAAAGACAUAGCAUGUGACUGACUGUGAAUAGGAGACCCAUUGUCUUUUGAGAUACUGCUGUUACCUAUGACCUUUACCCAUUUUACCCUGUUUGCCAGAAGCUGGGAAUGGGCCACUGGAGAUGAAUCACUUGAUGAUGACCUGUUCGUUCCCUCUGGGGCACCUGGCAUUGGCCCCUGUCAGAAGACAGGAUACUGGGCUAGAUGGGCCUUUGGUCUGACCCAGUAUGGCCAUUCUUAUGUUCUUAUUUUCAUAAAAGAAGAAAUGAAUCUGACAUCUGAAGAAAAGAGAGGAAAUUAUUGGGUGUUAGGGAGUUCAAAGCUCUAGACAUACCAUUAUUCAUAAUUUCUCCCUAUCUUUAGAUCAGAAGAAAUGUUCAGUACCCUCACCCGGCAGCGAAAGGAUUUGAGAAAUUUUGUAGAGUGUCAAAAAUAAUGUUACCUAGGAAGGUCAAAUCAGAAGUGUCUUUAUUAUGGAGGCUAGUAUGAAAUUGGCUUCUCCAUGUGUGCAUAGGUCUGUGCAUAGGUCAGUCUGUCUGACUUAUUCCACAGUCAGUGUAGGAACAAUGCACGGUCCUGAGUAGUUGCUGUUUAAUGCUGCUGUGUGGGUCACAGUGUCUCAUUACAUACAUGCUAUGUACAGUAGGGUUUCUUUGUUUUCAGGCUUAUUUAUUUAUGUAUAAUUCUGUACCCUCAGCUCUACCAGCCUAGACUGCUGGACUUGCAUUUCACCUGCACUCUGUCAGGUUGCAGCAACCAAUGGAAAGUUAUACACUGAGCCUGCCAAAGUGUCCAGUGGUACCUCCAUAUCUAUUGUUGCUGCCGUCUGAGUUACUAACAAACCGUUUAAAACUCAUCAUAUGACGUUGGUGAGUCUAACGGGUUCAAUCAAAACAUCACAGGUGGCAAGGUACCUGUAAAAGGAUUUGGAACCCAGGGACUGUGAUUCAGUAAAAAUCCCAUUUUGCCUUUCUCUCUUGCUGAACUCCACUGUGAAUUCUGGCUACAUUGGAUCCUAGAUCUCCAUUGUUUUUAGUGCUAGAAAAAGACCAUAGAAAUUUAAAAUAAGAAAAAAUCCAUUGAGUCGGGGUAGUCAAUUAUUUGUUGUCAUUGUAUAGUCAAGGUCCAGACUCCAGAGAAAAUAAUUUAAAUGAAAUAAAUAAAUAAUACUAAAUAAAAAGAUUUUGGGGUUCGUUCAAAAGCACCUGGUGGUCUAGGUUUGGCCUGUGGUCCGCCUACUGACUACUCCUGCAUUAGGUCAUCGACUGAAUCCUCUCAGACAAUGUAGGGCUGUUCCUUUCAAUGCAUUUCCUAGAGCUUUUUUCUCUCUGCUUUUGGAGAGGCAAUGAUAUGAUGACUAAGGCCAAGUCUAUGCUAAAAAGUUAGGUUGACUCAGCUGCAUUGCUCAGAAGUUUGAAAAAUCCACAUCUCUGAGUGACAUAGUUAAGCUAAGCGAAUCCCCUGUGUAGACUGUGCUAGCUACUGCCUCUUGGGGAGGUGGAUUAACUACCGUGGGAGAACCUGCACUUAAAAGGUUUUAAUGGCAUAUCUAUGUGAGGUAUCAUGAGGGGGGGGUCAUUUUCUUAUACUGAUCUAGUUAUGCCACUAAAAGCCCUACUGUAGACAGAGAUAUUCUGAUGUAAGGCCCUUUAUAUCCGUAUAGUGUUUAUCUUAUUUUGCUUUGCUGAAUCCGAAUAUGCUAUACUGGUAUAAGUGUUUUUUAUAAUGGUACACUUGCAUCCACACUAGGGGAGUUUGCCACCCUAAACUAUGUUGGCAUAGUUAAAGCAGCAAAACUUUUAAGUGUAGACAAGGUGUUAUGCAUGUGCUUUACUUUAUACACUGUGAACAGUCCUCUGUUCCAAUCAAGCUCCAACCUGAGCAGAAAACUAAUUUUUGGACUCACUUUUACUUUUGAUGCCAUUAAAUAGUAGAAAACUGAGCCUGGAGUCAGGUAAAAUAACUGAUCUUUAAAACAAAGAUAGACAGUUUAAUGACAUGAUGUAGUUAGUACCUUUGCACUUCAUAGUCUAUAGGUAAUGUCAGACAGAUGCCUGCCUCUCUAAACUGGGGGUAUAUAAAAUGUUAGUGCAUUUAAGAGGCUUGUAUUAAUUAGAUUUACUGCCAAAAUUAUCUUUUUUUUUUGAAUUAGCUAACUUCUAGCUUUAGGAAGAAAAACUUUUUUGGGGGGUGGGGGAGGAGUAUAGGCUGGGAAAUGGUCAAAGGUAGCUAAAGCUUCAUUGUGGAGACUGACAGGCUUUUACUGGCUUCUUGGUUCAUUGGACUCAUCUUUUGGAAUUUUGUGUCACACAACAAAUCAAAGCGACAUUUUCCUAAGUGGAAACAACAAGUUUUAUCAUUACCCUUUUCAAAUUUGGGAUAAAUUUAAGUAAACGAAAGCUUAAAUAGCCAAACAUUUCACAUUAGGAAGUAGAUCUUCUCACUUUACAAAAAUGUUUUAUGUUUAACAAGAAGGUUUUGAACGGUACAGAACUACAAACCAAAUAACUUUUUUUUUUUUUACCUGUCUGCACAAUGGGUGUUUUGAUACUGACCUGAUGAUCUACAACAUUAACCAGAAAUCAAGUUUAGAAGACUUUAGCUAGCUGGGGAGAGCCAUUAAGUGAUCUAAUCUCACUACAUUCUGCACAUGUAACUUGUUAACAUAAACUAUGACUGUGCAUGGAAAGAGAGGAGAGACCUGGUGUUUGAACAUCUUACUUUUCACCAAGAAGCUGUACAAAUUGCCCAAACAUUUGUAUAUAAUGGGUUAUAUUUCAUCAGUCUCUGUAUUUUGCCUUACUGUAGAAAAAAUGUCUGUGUUUUGUAGAUUGUCAAAUUCUUCAUAUUAUCUCCAGUUGUUAAACAGUACUGAUAAUAUUUUUAAUACCAAUGUGCCUUAUGAAAGAGUGGCUGUGGAGAAACCAUCAACACAAGAAUUGUAUCAGUUUUAAUAAACAUUUUUGUUCACAUUUAAAAA